AUGGCUGCCGCGGCCGGGGCAGCUAUGGCGGCGGCGGCGGCGACAGGGCAAGACGAGGACCCGCCGCUGCCCGGGCCCUCCUCCAUGGGGCGGCGAGCGGUGUGCUCCCGACCCUACUUCGUCGUGCUGAUGGUGUUCGCGCACCUCUACGUGCUCAACGUGUUGGGCUUGCUACUUUUCGUGCACAUCAGCUCCGACGACGGAGAGCCCGGGCAGGGCAAAGAGGCUCCCGGCCCCGCGCGGGACCCCGCGCCUGCGCCGCCCUUCUCUCCGGGCAGCUCCCGCUCGGCCGCCCUGCCUCGCCUCGAAGGCAUCAAGGUGGGCCAUAAACAGAGGGUGGAGCUGGUUCCCAACAAAAUCCAUUACAUGAAAACUCUUAGCCUGAAACCUCUUCUUUUUGAAAUUCCAGACUUUCUGAGUGAGGACGAGUGUAAACUAAUUAUCCACCUGGCUCAGCUGAAAGGGCUGCAGAAAAGUCAAAUCCUGCCCACAGAAGAUUACGAGGAAGCAAUGGAAAUGAUAGAUAUCAGUCAGAUGGAUAUCUUCAAUCUACUAGACCAUAACCAGGAUGGACAGCUGCAGCUGAAGGAGGUGCUGACACACACCCGACUAGGAAAUGGCAGGUGGAUGACCCCAGAGAGCAUCCGGGAGAUGUACGCUGCUGUGAAAGCGGAUCCAGAUGGCAAUGGCGUGCUGAGUCUGGAGGAGUUUAAGCAGCUGAACAUCCGGGACUUCCACAAAUAUAUGGGAAGCCAGAAAGUGAAAAUGAGCGACCUAGUGAGGAAUAGCCAGCACACCUGGCUGUAUCAAGGCGAGGGGGCACACCAGGUGAUGCGCUCCAUACAGCAAAGGGUGAUGCAUUUAACCCGCCUGCCCCCAGAGAUUGUGGAGCACAGUGAGCCCUUGCAAGUGGUGCAGUACAGCCAGGGAGGACACUACCAUGCCCACAUGGACAGUGGGCCAGUGUUCCCAGAAACCGCCUGCAGUCAUACCAAACUGGUCACCAAUGAAACUGCUCCGUUUGAAACGUCGUGCCGCUAUGUGACAGUACUCUUCUACCUAAACAAUGUGACCGGAGGAGGAGAGACUACCUUUCCUAUUGCUGACAACAGGACCUAUGAAGAGAUGUCUUUGAUCCAGAAUGAUGUUGACCUUCGUGACACUCGUAAACACUGUGACAAGGGAAAUCUUCGGGUAAAACCCCUGCAAGGCACCGCUGUCUUCUGGUACAAUUAUCUGUCAGACGGGGAAGGCUGGGUCGGAGACCUGGAUGAAUAUUCCUUGCAUGGCGGCUGCUUGGUCACUGAAGGAACUAAGUGGAUUGCCAACAACUGGAUCAACGUCGAUCCCAAUAAGCGACGGCAACUCCAGUUCCAACAGGAGAUGGCUCGAUACAUAAACACUGGGGACGAGGACCAAAGCGAGUGGACAGUGGACAAAUCCUACAGCGAUGUACACGUGGAGCUGUAGGGCUUGGAGGUGCUCCUUCGUCGACUCGGAAGAAACAUUUUUGCACUAGCCAGUC